GAAAAACAAUGUGCAUUUCUUCCAAGGCAUGAUAAUGGAAGAACAUUUGAAAAUGACAUCUUCUUAUCCGUUAUUUCAUGAAACAAUUACAUCCGAUCAUAUAAUGCAUUCUUGGGGAGAAAUACAGAAUAUUUCAAGCAGUGAUACAUGUAACGAAAAAUCAGAUCCAUUUAAAAAAGCACGAAUUGGUAAAAAGGUUGAUAUGAAAGCGAUGUUGCUAAAAACAUCAAAUAAAUUUGAGGCUCUUUUUGGAGAGGUUUCAGGUGGGUUAGGACCAUUUGGAGUCCCUACCGCUUGUCGUAAGAAAAGAUUGGAAAUUAUAGUAUACGGCUGGCUUCAAUUUGGUAUAUAUCGAUUUGGAUUGAUAGAUCGAUGCAGGAUACCUGCUGAUACUGAUGAUUGCGACAUAUUAGAAGAUGCAUAUUGCAUUCUCAAGUUGCUCGAAAGUAAAUUACUUGAUACUGAAAGAGCUGUGAAAAAUCUAUUUUCGAAUAAUACGAAAGGAAAAAGAUGA